AUGGCGAUCUCAGCCGCCGACCCCCGCCGCAUCGCCGUCGGCAGCUUCCUCGAGGAGCUCGGUAACCGCGUCGACGUCCUCACCUUCUCCGACGACCGCCCCGCCGCAGCUUCCAUCUCCCCCUCCUCCCCUGCUCUCUCCUUCGACCACCCCUACCCCCCGACGAAGCUCCUCUUCCACCCAUCCCCCUCCGCCCCCGCCAGCCUCCUCGCCUCCUCCGGCGACUUCCUCCGCCUAUGGAGAGUCGGCGACGCCUCUGUAGACCCCAUCUCCACCCUCAACAACAGCAAGGCCAGCGAGUACUCCGCGCCACUCACCUCCUUCGACUGGAACGAGGCCGAGCCCCGCCGCAUCGGCACCUCCAGCAUCGAUACCACCUGUACCAUCUGGGACGUCGAGAAGGGCGUCGUCGAGACCCAGCUUAUCGCCCACGACAAAGAAGUCUACGACAUGGCCUGGGGAGAAGCCGGGGUUUUCGCCUCCGUCUACGACAUGUGCAGGCGCGCACACAUUGGGCCGGGCCCACUGCACAUCCUUUUCUAA